UCGACCUUGUUUUUGUUGAUUUUUAACUUCAGUGCGGCUGCGCGAGGCCUCUCCGUUGUUGCCGUUGGUGACGCGGGUUGUGAAGAAAGAAAAGAUAGCCAGCUACAGAGGAAGCCGAGAAAGAGCGUCUGUGUCUGGGAGGGGGGACACCUCUCACAACAGCUUCACCACUGAAGCUAAAUAUAUCAAAUGCAUUAGCUAGCCAGCUUUGUGCACGGUUCCGGACAUAGAAGGCAGUGUACACAACCUUAUGAUCAUCCGUUUCGGUCACCUGGCGCUUCCUCUAAACCAGACAGCCAAAUAGCAAAUCGCCAUUAUAUGAUACAGUAUACAGCGUCACUUUUGCCCUCCAUGUGGGUGAGGGACCUGUGUGUGUCGGAUUAUGGCGAGAAAAACAGUUAGCAGGAAAAGGAAGGCAGGAGAUCCCAAGGAACAACAACAGGUGGGCUGGGGCAGUGCUGGUGCAGGGCAGAAGCGGGCGCGGUUGUCGGCAUGCUCGCGCCACGCGCAGCAGUGGUGGCGCUGCCGCCGCUCAGUGGUAUGGGCCUUACGUGGGCGCGAGUUCCGGCCACAGCAGCAGCAUGAGUGGCACCUCCAGCGCAACUUGCGUAGCUUUGCUGCAGCCCGGUUGCCCGCCAUCCUGAGCGAGCGCGAGUUUUCCCUCGGCCGCCUCAACAAGGUUUUCGCCUCACAGUGGCUCAACCACCGGCAGGUCGUGUGUGGGACCAAGUGCAAUACGUUGUUUGUGGUGGAUGUGCUGACAGGACAGAUCACGCGCAUCCCCAUGCUGCGGGACCGGGAGAGGCGUGCGCCAGGGUCCUUGGGGGUGAGGGGCCUGCCUGGCUCCUUCUUGCCCGGCUCAGGCUCCCCGUUGGACAACCAGCAGGGCUGCGGCAUCCAUGCCAUUGAGCUGAACCCCUCGGGCACGCUGCUGGCCACUGGCGGCGACAACCCCAACAGUCUGGCCAUCUACAGGCUGCCCACACUAGACCCUGUCUGUGUUGGAGACGAUGGCCAUAAUGACUGGAUAUUUUCCAUUGCCUGGAUCAGUGACAGCAUGGCUGUAUCUGGCUCGCGGGACGGGUCUAUGGGCUUGUGGGAGGUGUCUGACGACGUGCUGAGCCAGGCAGAGCGGCGUGAAGACGAGGAGGGCGUGCCCGGCUACACGCACAUCUCCCACCGUGCCCUCAAGGACAUCCCCAAGGAGUACACCAACCCCUACAACUGCAAAGUGCGCGCACUGGCCUUCAACAACAGCCACAAGGAACUUGGUGCUGUCUCGUUAGAUGGAUACUUCCACCUUUGGAAGGCACAAGACAACCUGUGCAAGGAGCUCUCCACAAAGCUUACCCACUGUAAGGAGAAUGUGUGUCUGGCCUAUGGGGUUGACUGGUCGGUGUAUGCAGUUGGCUCUCAGGCCCAUGUCUCCUUCCUAGACCCACGCCAGUCCCCCACGAACAUCAAAUCCGUCAGUUCAAGGGAGCGUGGCAGUGGCAUACGCUCUGUAAGCUUCUAUGAACACAUUGUGACCGUGGGCACGGGCCAGGGAUCACUGCUGUUCUACGAUAUCCGUGCCCACCGCUUCCUGGACGACCCAAGCUGCCCGGUGGGCUGCCCGGGCGGCUACCGCACACGGCCUGCAGAGAGCAUCCUCAAGCUCAGCACGGGCAGGGGCUGGCUGAAUCACGACGAGACGUGGAGAAGCUACUUCUCAGACAUCAGCACCUUCCCUAAUGCGGUGUACACGCACUGCUACGACGCCUCCGGCACCAAGCUCUUUGUAGCUGGCGGGCCCCUCUGCUCCGGCCUGCAUGGGAACUACGCUGGCCUCUGGAGCUAGCUUCCUCCAUCUGCCCCUCUGUCCCUGUACAUGUCCCUAUCUCUCUCUUUCUUUCUCUCUCUCUCUCUCUC